GACCGAAAAACGACACGACAGAAUAAUAAGUAUAUUAAGUAUGAGGGAUAACAGUAUUAUUGCUUUUCACAUCAAUAACCUUUUUCCAACUUCUUUGCUUCUCUGCUUUUCUCUGUUUUAGGAUAUAUAUAUAUAUAUAUAUAUAUAUAUCAUUAAAUAUUUGGGGGUUUGAACUCAAAAUACAAAAAAAAUCACCUUGCAAUAGAGUUGCAUAGAUUAUUUCUGUCUUCCCGGAAGUUGUCAUCUACCGGACAGGAGCGUCACUGAUGAUAAGAAAGAAGCAGCUGUUGAUCAAAUGCUGAAAUAAAACAGGUUUAAUGAACAGAAAGUAAUCCCAAUACCUGAGGUUGCACACCCCGAUACAGUAGGUGGCGGUAUGUACCUUUACCGUCGGUCUGCAGUCCGCCAUUCAACCGAAGCAGCAGCAGCAGCAGUGAUGGAGCCGUUACUAUUAUAAAGCUACAUCCUCAACUUCCUGCGGACGUCAGAGCUGACGCUGCCGUGCGACUUCAAGGAGACUGAGCUGCUCAGGAAGGAGGCUGACUUCUAUCAGAUCGAGCCCCUGAUCCAGUGCCUGGGAGACCCCAAACCCCUGCUGCCCUACCCCACUGACACCUACGAGGAGGUGGUGGAGCUGUCCAGCACCAGGAAGCUGUCCAAGUACUCCAACCCCGUCGCAGUCAUCAUCACCCAGCUCACCAUCACCACCAAGGUCCACGCAGUGUUGGAGUCUAUCUCACGCAGUUUCACAAAGUGGAACAAACACAUGAUGGACACCAGAGACUACCAGGUGUCCUUCACCUUCGGACCAUGUGACCAUCAACAGGAAGUCAGCCUGCGUGUCCACCUGCUCGACUUCAUCUCCAAAGCUGGCUUCACAAUUCGCAACACUCGUGUUCAUCACAUGAGCGAACGGGCAAAUGAGAACACAGUUGAACAUCACUGGACGUUCUGCAGAAGAGCUCACAAAGUCGACGACUGACGGAUGAACUGAUGAAUGGACGGAGAGAACA